AUGACAUCAAAUAAGGAACAAAAUCCUCGGAUGGCAUGGGAGUCAGCAGACUUACCUAGUGCUUUUAAGGCUUUCAAAGCCCACUAUGAAUUUAUGUUCGGUAGACCCCUUAAAGAGAAAAAUGAGGAGCAGCGGUGCAACUACCUUAUGUUAUGGGUUGGAGAAAAAGGAAGAAAUAUAUAUUCGACCUGGAAUUUGCAAGGUGAUGACAAAAAAACAUUGUCAGUGUAUUUUGAUAAUUUUGAACAAUACUGUAAGCCGAAGCAUAACGUGAUAUAUGCUCGGUACAAGUUUAAAUGUCGCACCCAAGGUGAUGAUGAAACAUUUGAACAGUUUUAUACUGAUCUGAAAGUGUUAUUCAAUGACUGUAGUUAUGAUCACGCCAUUGAAGAUGAAAUGUUAAGGGAUCACAUAGUGUUUGGAGUGAAGUCAAAGAAAGUUCGUGAGAAACUAAUAGAAGAAGGAUCAGAAUUGACCUUACAAAAGUGUACAGAUAUAGCACGUACAUAUGAGCUGUCACAGAAACAACUCAAAACGAUGAACUUUACAGAGGAGGACCCUCAUGUGAAUAUGGUGACGAAGAAGAGGCAACACACACCUCGCACAUAUAAGGAGAAACAGAAGAAAUGUUUCCGCUGUGGAUAUGAGCAUUCGCGUAAGGAUAAAUGUCCUGCCAUAGGACAAUCAUGUAAUUUGUGUCACAAGUCAGACCACUUUGCCAGUAUGUGCAAAUCUAAACGUCAACAAUUAGACCGACACAAGAAAACUAAGGAACAUCAGAAACAAAAGAAAAUCAACUUAGUGCAAGAUGAGUAUACAGAUGAAGAUAGUACAAGUGAGGAAAGUGACUGUGGUGGUGGUGGUAGUGGUAUAUUUAUGGGUGUUAUACACGAUGUGAACUCAGUGACCCCAGAAUCUGACUGGACAGUGAAGUGCAAAGUGAAUAACAAAAUUGUUAUCAUGCAUGUGGACACCGGAGCCAAAUGUAAUGUUGUCAGUCACAGUGUUUUACAAACUCUGAAAUUCGAAAAAUCGAUACAGAAAUCGAGUACCUUGUUGAAGAGUUUCAGUGGACAUACCAUGAAAUCCAAAGGACGCAUUGUGAUACCAUGCACAUUUAACAAGGAAACUUUCAACAUUCCAUUUGAAGUGGUAGAAGUUAAAACACCAACCAUACUUGGAUCAUAUUCAAGCCAGGAGAUUGGACCAGUACAGAAAAUGUUUAGUGUGUCACAGUCAACUAUUGACACUGAUGAGAACCUCACAGAACAGUUCAUACAGAAGAACUAUUCAGAUUUAUUCCUCGGAAUUGGCUGUUUACCUGGUAAACACAAAAUACACCUAAAGGAAAACGUACAGCCAGUCGUACAUCCACCAAGACGCAUAUCUGUUGCUCUUCGCCAAAAGGUCAAGGACAAACUCAAAACAAUGGAACAGGAGGGAAUCAUUGUUCGACAGUCUGAACCAACGGAGUGGGUUAAUAGCUUGGUGACUGUUAUUAAACCUAAUGGUUCAGUUAGACUUUGCCUUGAUCCUAAAGAUCUCAAUUCAGCUAUAAAGCGACCUCAUUAUCCUAUGCUCACUAUUGAUGAAAUAGUUUCUCGCAUGCCGAGUGCCAAAUAUUUCUCCAAGUUGGAUGCAAUUUCUGGAUUCUGGCAAAUCCAAUUGGAUGAAGAAAGUUCUAAGCUAUGUACAUUUAACUCGCCUCUGGGAAGGUUUAGAUUCUUGAGAAUGCCAUUUGGUCUGAACUGUGCAUCAGAGAUUUACCAAAGUGUGAUGUCACGAAUGGUGGAGGAUAUCGAAGGUGCUGAAGUUAUUGUGGAUGAUAUCCUUAUAUGGGGUAGAACUCUCAAGGAACAUGAUCAAAGACUGAAGAAAGUUUUGAAUAGAACCAGAGAAUAUAAUUUGAAACUUAGCGCAGACAAAUGUGAAUUCCGCAAACAGGAAAUAACUUAUGUUGGCCAUGUUUUAAGUAGUGAAGGACUGAAGGCAGAUCCAGAGAAAAUUCGAGCAGUGACUGAAAUGAUUCCACCAAGUAACAGGAAGGAGUUGAGAAAAUUCAUGGGAUUCAUUCAAUAUCUCGCCAAAUUCCUACCCAACCUAUCUAAGGAAUCUGCACCAUUGCGACAGUUACUCUCAAAGGAAGUGUCAUGGCAUUGGGAUGGAGACAAACAACAAAGUUUCCAAAAGCUCAAGGAGAUGGUUACAAACACUCCAGUGCUCACAUACUUUGAUGCGGAGAAACCAGUUCUACUUACUGUGGACAGCAGUUCAACUGGGCUAGGAGCUUCAGUUAUUCAAAGUGGCAAACCUGUUGCUUAUGGACAGGCUCGUCUGCAGAAGAUGGUCCUUACAUUACAAUGUUACGACUUGGACGUUAGAUACAAACCUGGAAGUACACUCGUAGUUGCUGAUCACCUCUCCAGAAAUUACUUGAAUGAGACAACUGAGAAGUUAGUUGAUGAAUUCUCUGUCAAUGCUUUGUCGUACUUACCAAUAACACCAGAAAAAUAUGCUGAAUUGCAGAAAGCAGCAUCAACAGAUCUCGAAAUGAUGUUGCUCAGGAAAGCUAUUAUAGAAGGAUGGCCAGAGAGACGUGAUCAACUUCCUACAGAAAUACGUACCUACUGGAAUUACAGAGAUGAACUUGCUUGUAUAGAUGGUUUGAUAUACAAAGGUUUACGACUAGUGAUACCGCAAGCCUGUCGCAAAGAGAUGUUAGAAAGAACUCAUGAAUCUCAACUAGGCAUUGUGAAAUGCAAAGCUAUGGCACGUGAAGUUAUGUUUUGGCCUUCCAUGGGAAGCCACAUUGAAGACAUCAUUUCCAAAUGCAGCAUUUGUGCUUGUCAGCAAAGAGAAAAUCCAAGAGAAAACCUUAUUCCUCAUAAAAUCCCAGACCGACCUUGGUCAAAAAUAGCCAUGGACUUGUUUGAAUUCUGUGGAAACCAGUAUCUCAUAUCAGUGAACUGUUAUUCGAAAUGGCCAGAAAUAGCAAAACUAGAUCAGUCUACAUCCAACUGUGUGAUUCAACACCUUAGGAGCUAA